AGCUGGACCCGGACUGACUAAUCGCUAACAUCCCGAGUUCUCUCGGGACCGGGAGAACUCUCAGUGUUGUACGGCAUUCAGUAAGAAGUAAGCCAAGUUCUAUUAGCUCUUCUAACUUGUCUUAGACUCGUCAGUCUGUGAUGCAUUGAGUUGAGAGUCAAAGGACAAAGGAGUAGAAAACCUUCUAACUGAAAAAGAUUCGAGUGAAACCAGCUGCAUGAAGAGGAGAAUGUUGACCAGAAAGAUCGAAUGCUCUAUGGAGACUGGUUGAAGGCUUCUCCGGUCAAGCAGCAGAGGGUAGGAGAUGAUCACGUGAGGGACACAUGCAUUGGUCAACAGUUGUCAACCGAGAUUCACUCCGAAGAUCAUGUGGAGUUAGUUAUGGAAGGGAUGAGAAAUCUCGUAUUAUAGAGAUUAGAGAGAAAUACAAAAAAUGAAAGAGAAAAAAGAGCAGCCACACAACGACUUAGCGACGAAGGACUGCGUAGGUUUCUUUAGGCAGGGAUGCUUCUGAUUUGAUUAAUAGAACAGGAAGAGGAGGAUAAAAAAAGCAACUGAUGAGCAUCUAUUUGAGUCGAUCAUUUCCAAGAUCAAAUUCAAGUUUUUUUUUAUGUAGUGGAAACGCCUUACAAUCUGAAGUUUUACGCUUAAGGGAAGAAAUGUUCUUGGUGGAUGCAGGACCUGGGACCCCCAGAAUUUGUAUGCAAGAUGAGCUCACAGGAGUGCCAAUCAACCGAGCUACCAGGUUUGAGAAUAAGGUGGGAUCCCUGGAUGUAGUGGCUGGUGAAUCACUGAUCAAAAAGCGGAUUUUGGAGAGAUUCUUCAUCGAUCUAGUGGCCGGUGAAUCACUGAUCAAAAAGCGAGCAGCCGCCAGGUUUAAUGAUAAGGUGAGAUCCCUGGAUGUAGUGGCUGGUGAACCGCUUCUUCUUCUUCCACGAAGAUUCAGACAAAACCGAGCUUGGAUGGAACUGAACAAGAUUUGGCGAACAAAUACAAAGGUCAAAGGCUUUAUUAUUAAGAAAGUAAAAGGAGGUUAUUCAGUAGCCAUCGCAGGUUUCAUUACUUUUCUUCCAUUCCGCCCUCACAGAAGUAAAAAAAGAAGUAAAAAAAAAAAAAUAUCGAAUGAUCGAUUCACCAUUGAGAGCAUUAACCCCAAAAGGACGAAUAUUGUGGUGUUCUAACAGCGGCAGAUCAAACAAGAACUUGAGGAGCGAAAUCUGCUGACGAAAAAAAAA